CACUUGCGCAUUUAUGACUUUCUCAUAUAAAAUCUAUUCUUAACUCGUCGAGCCAAAAAUACCGUGGAAACCCGAAAAAAAAGUAUUCAUUUUUGUGGCAAACUUGGAAGCACUGGAAACUGAAAAGUAGAGAUGGCUCAAAGAAUAGGGACGAAGUUGUUCGUGAGCAGAUUAUCGUUUUACACAACCAAAGACCAGUUGAAGAACUUGUUUUCUCCUUUCGGACAAGUUACCGAAGUGAAUCUGGUGAUGGAUUCCAAAACUGGAAGGACCAAAGGAUUCGGUUUUGUUUCCUACCAAUCUGAAAACGACGCACUCAAGGCUAUCAAAGCCAUGAAUGGCCGGAUAAUUGCAGGAAGGCUUAUUUUCGUUGAACCUGCUAAAGACACUAGAUGAUCCUGCAUGUUAGAGGCUUGUUUUACAUUUUGUUAUACAUUACCCAGAUAAUCCUUUUGCAUCAGAUAGCUUUUAGACUCGACUUGUUUCUCAAGAAUAUGUGAAUUUUCUAAUUCAAAUACCAUAAUACACAAAGUGGAGCUAAAUAUUCAAAAUUUGC